CCUAGGGCAGGGCGUGCGUGCGCUGGGGUUUUGCGAUGGAGCAGCUGGAGCUCCUGCUUUUCCAGUUCUUGAUGCCCGACAAUGACGCUCGCAAGAAUGCAGAGGAGCAAAUCAAGCAUCUCGCCAGGGAUCCGGAGCUCGUGCCCGCGCUACUGCACCAGAUCCGCAACGCCAGGUCUGCAAAUGUGCGCCAGCUCGCGGCGGUGCUGCUGCGCAAGAAGAUCGUCGGCCUGUGGAUGAAGCUCAAUCCGCAGCUCCACGCCUCGCUCAAGAAUUUGCUGCUGGAGAGCAUCACACUCGACAACAGCCUCGCCGUGCGACGUGCCAGUGCUGAUGUGGUGAGCGCUUUGGCGAAACAAGACGUUCCAGCAGGAAAUUGGCCAGAGCUACUGCCUUUCCUCUUUCAAUGCAGCCAGAGUUCGCAAGAAGAUCAUCGCGAGGUGGCGCUUGUGCUUUUCAGUUCUCUCACGGAAACCAUUGGAGAGAUUCUCAGGCCACAUUUCGCGACUUUGCAUGUCAUCUUUCUCAAUGGAUUGAGAGACCAGAGCGCCAAAGUCAGAGUUGCGGCUCUCAAGGCAGGCGGAACGCUCGUAGGAUACAUCGAGAGCGAGGAUGAAGUGAGGAUGAUGCGCGAGCUCGUUGCGCCUAUAUUGGAUGUGUCUCGCUACUGUCUAGAGACGGGGAGUGAGGAUGUCGCUGUUCUCGCUUUUGAGAUUUUUGACGAGCUUAUUGAAUCCCCGGUCUCUCUGCUCGGGCAGUCCAUUCCUGUGAUCGUCCAUUUCGCACUGGAGGUAGCCUUGAACAGCAAGUGGGAGCAAAGCACUCGUUAUCAGGCUUUGCAGACUAUAUCGUGGCUUGCGAAGUAUAAGCCGAAGACUCUGGUGAAACAUAAGCUAGUUCCGGCUAUCAUCUCAUCCAUGUGUCAGAUUCUUUCGGAGGAAGACGUUGAGCUGGACGAAUACUCUGUUUCUGCAGACCGCGCUGCUGCCGAAGUCCUAGACACUAUGGCCCUGCACCUGACCAACAAGCACGUCUUUCCGCACGUGUUCUCGUUUUCGCUGUCGAACUUUCAGCGGUCUGAGUAUACCAUCCGCGAAGCAGCAGUGAUGUCUCUGGGGAUAAUAGCCGAAGGCUGCUACGAGAUCAUGAGAAGCAACUUAACUGACAUCCUGAACUUGGUGCUACAAGCAUUUGAGGAUCAAGAGAAAGCUGUACGAGGAGCUGCGGGCUUUACGAUUGGUCAAUUUGCGGAGCACUUGCAGCCAGAGAUUGUUCUGCAUUACGAAAGAGUUCUUCCUUGCAUCUUCAAAGUUUUGACAGAUCCAAAUGCUGAAGUUCAGGAGAAGGCGUACUACGCGCUUGCUGCUUUCUGUGAGCAUUUGGGAUCGGAAAUUCUGCCAUUCUUGCCGGUUUUGAUGGAGAGAUUGGUGGCCACUCUGCAGUGUAGCCGGAGAGAUUUGCAAGAAACUUGCAUGUCAGCCAUAUGCUCGACAGCAGCAGCAGCGCAGUCUGCAUUCAUUCCAUAUGCUCCAGGAGUUCUCGAGCUGAUGAAAGGCUUUCUUGUUCUGACUGCUGACGAAGAUUUGCCCGCUCGCGCCAGGGCUACGGAGCUGGUCGGUAUCAUUGGCACUGCGGUUGGCAGGCAAUAUAUUGAGCCCGUUCUUCCCUCCUUUAUCGAGGCAGCCAUUUCUGGCUUCUCUCUGGACUACACUGAGCUUCGUGAGUACAGCCAUGGCUUCUUCAGUUCGGUGGCUGAAAUCCUUGAAGGAGACUUAGAACAGUAUCUUCCGCGUUUAGUGCCCUUAGCCUAUGCAACUUGUGAUCUUGACGAUGGCACCACGGUGGAUUUUGAGGUAGAAAACGAAGACGGAGAGUUUGGUGAUGUAUCGUCCGACGACGGCAACGAUAACAACCAAAAUUUACGCAAUGUCAGUAUCCGGACUGGUGUAUUGGACGAGAAAGCUGCGGCCACUCAGGCCUUGGGAGCAUUUGCUCUGCAUUCCAAAGGCGCAUUCAUGCCCUAUCUUGAGGCGACAUUGAAGAUUCUGAGAAAGCACAGCAUGUACUUCCACGAGGAUGUCCGCUUGCAAGCUUUCAUUGCGCUCCAACAUAUGCUCACGGCAACACAAGCUACCUUUCCAAACACUGACACAAUCUCAGCUCAAGCAAAACAUGUUCUUGGUGUUGUAAUGGAGCUGUAUCUGAUGUGCCUGAAAUCAGACAGUGAUAAGGACACUGUUUCACAGGUGUGCACCUGCCUAGCAGAAAUCUACAGGCAUCAGGACGCGAAAGCAAUGGAACCUUUUUUCUUGCUCACAUCCGAAGAGGUUCUGAAACUUCUACGGCAGGAAGCCACAUGCCAGCGAACGGACGAUACAGACGACGAGGACGAUGGGCAGCUGGACACAGAUCAAGCACUGAUGGAUGCGGUUGCAGACGUUCUACCAGCCAUGGCAACCUGUAUGGGCCCAUCUUUUGAGCCGAUAUUUUCUCAACAUUUUGAAGCCUUGAUGAAGUUUUCGAAAGAAAGCCGCGCUGCAAAUGACAGAACAAUGGUGAUUGGAUGCGUUGCGGAGAUCGCUCGUGCGAUUGGAUCACAGAUCAUACCCUACAUUCCACGAGUCAUGCCGGUGGCUCUCCAAGAACUGAGGUCAGCCGAGGCAGCAAAUCGGCGCAACGCUGCAUAUUGUGUGGGCCAACUGUGCAAGAAUGGCGGUGUCAAAGCCGAGGAAUUCUACGGAAGUGCUCUUGCGGCGUUGCAUCCUUUGUUUAGCGAGGGAGAAGAGGACGUGGUGCGAGACAAUGCAGCUGGAGCCGUGGCGAGAAUGAUCACGACUCAGUCGCAAGCUUUUCCUUUAUCACAGGUCCUCCCAGUCCUCGUCCGAGCACUCCCUGUGAAAGCCGACUUGGAAGAGGCGACCGCUGUCUACACUUGCCUCAGCAAUUUGAUUCUAGCGUCGCAACCAGAGAUUCUACCAUUGGUGCCGCAAGUGCUGCCAAUUUUCGCCAAGGUGGCCGCCUCCACCGACGAGCUCCCCGAAGAAGCGAAGGUGCUAAUCGGGCGAGCGGUGGCACACUUGCUGUCCCAUUAUCGCGAUGAGAUGCAGCCUCUUCUCAGCAACAUUCCAGCUGACCAAGCCAACGCACUGGCAGCGAUCGUGAGGAAGAUCUGAUACGAUAUCAGGCAAGAGCUCUUCUUCUUCUUCUUCUUCUUCUCUCUCUCUCUCGCGGUGAGGAUUUUGUUUUCGUUCUCCUCCCCUCUUUCGAUUUUUCGUGAUCGAUCGAGCCAGCUCUCCUCGAUCACGCGAGUUUUGGCGUUGGAUUAUUUUUGUGGAAUCGCGUCGCGUGGGAACGAAAGUUAGCGAACUUAGCGUGCGGUUUAUUCUGUUG